CGGGAAGGACAGCAGAGCUCACACAGCGACUGCAGGGCCUGUGAGCGUUUCUGGACCGGAAGUUCUCCUCACAGAGAGAGGGACCAGCACACAGCAGGCCCCAUGGAGCCCCCUUCAGGUCCUGCAAGCAGGAGGCGUGUCCCCUGGAACAGGCUCCUGCUGGCAGUCUCACUCUUAACCUUCGGGACCCCGCCCACCACUGCCCAGCUCACUAUUGAAGUGGUGCCCCCCCUUGCUGCAGAAGGGACAGACGUUCUUCUACUUGCCCACAACGUGACAGGGAAUCCUUUAGGCUAUACCUGGUACAGCGGAGAAAGGGUAGAAAACAGGCAGCUGAUUGCAUCAUAUAGAGCAGACACUAAUGUAACUACCAAAGGGCCUGCACACAACGGUCGGGAGACACUUUACCCCAAUGGAACCCUGCUGAUCCAGCACGUCACCCAGAAAGACACAGGAUCCUACACCCUGCUCAUUUUAAAGAAUGAUUUACUGACAGAAAGACAGACUGGACACCUCCACGUACACCCGGUGCUACCCACACCCGUCAUCACCAGCAACAACUCCAACCCCUGGGAGCACAAGGACACUGUGGUGUUAACGUGUGGACCUGAGACCCAGAACACCUCCUACAUGUGGUGGAUCAACGAUCAGAGCCUCCCCAGCAGCACGAGGCUGGAACUGUCCGAGGACAAGAGGACUCUCACUGUGUUCAGUGUGACAAGGAAAGACACAGGGCCCUAUGUGUGUGAAGCCCGGAACCCAGUGAGUGUCCGCCGCAGUGACCCAUUCACCCUGCAGGUCCUCUACCCAGUGGCACGGCCCUCCCUCCAAGCCAGCAACACCACAGUCGCAGAACAUGAGGGUCCCGUGGUCCUGACCUGCCUCACAGAUGAGACCAGGGUCUCCAUACGCUGGUUCUUCAAAGGCCAGAGUCUCCUCCUCACAAUGGGGAUGACACUGUCCCUGGACAAUAGCACCCUCACCAUAGACCCCGUCAGCAGAAAGGACGCCGGGGAUUAUCAGUGUGAGGUCUCCAACAGGUCCAACUCCAGCAAAAGUGACCCCCUCAGGCUGAGUGUGACCUGUACAAUGGCAUUCUCAGAUUCUGCUCCUGCCCCCAGAUUGACCCUGGUCCUAGAGGAAGGACACUCCACCCUCCCAUUCUCGGCCUGGAUCUCCAGGCCCUCCCCACUGCCCCGUGGAUAUUCUCUCUCAUCCUUCAGUUCCUCCCUCACCAGUUGCCUGCACCACAACAGAGGGAACUGGCCUCCAGCGUCCACCUCGGGACGUGGUCCCUCUGGCGGCUCUGUCUCCCAGGCCUCCCUACCUGAGGCCAGAUCACCAGCUCCCAUCUACCAGGAAUUACUACGCCCUGACACAGAUGUUUACUGUCAAAUCAACCACAAAGCAGAUGUGGGUCGUUAGUUCCUCCAGACAAGUCUCCUUACGGACUGUGGGAAAGAGCUUACCUGAGACCCAAGACCCGAGUGAGGUCAAGAGGUGGAGCCUGAGGCAGAGAACCAGCUCUGAGACCUGAGGCUAUUCGGGAACCUGGGGCCAGGCUCAGGGUCCUCCUGGAUUCCUGGAGACCCUGACAGGCUGCCCUGAACCCUGGAUGGACCAGAACUCAGACUGCAGCUCCCACAGUGGGGGGAGGUUUCACCAGGGCAAGAGACUGGCCUGUGACCCACUGUGACCAGCUGAGAGAUCUGCAUAAAGAGCACUUUCCUUCCCCUGCUUGCAAAAUAUGCUGCCCUUGAGUCCUGUCCAGCAAGAAAUUCA